AAGGGAACUAACUACAUGAACCAGUUCGAAUAUGUCACAAGCUACAAAUAAGCUAUCAUUUCGUGAGCAAAUGCGAGGAUUUCCCUUGCAACAAAUGGCUGUAAUCAGUUUGAUGAGAUUUGCAGAACCUCUCGCAUUCACAUCACUUUUCCCAUAUGUUUAUUUCAUGAUUCGUGAUUUUGAAAUCGCAAAAACCCCAGCUGAUAUUGCUACAUAUUCGGGGUAUUUAGCUGCCUCAUUUGCAUUAUUCCAAUUUUUAUGUUGCGUCCAGUGGGGUAAAGCAUCAGACAGACACGGAAGAAAGCCAAUUUUAUUAUGUGGAUUAGCCGGAACCGCGUUGUCUAUUAUAAUAUUCGGAUUUUCACCUAAUUAUUAUGUUGCUAUUUUUGCAAGAUCACUUAUGGGAUGUCUUAACGGAAAUGUGGCAGUAUUAAGAACAGCAAUUGGAGAAAUAGCCACAGAAAGAAGACACCAAGGUAUUGCAUUCUCUUCAUUUACACUUUUGUGGAAUGUAGGUGCCGUUAUUGGACCAAUGAUUGGUGGUUCAAAAUAUUUAACAAGACCUAAAAGUGGGGGCGAAGAAGAUGUGCCUUUAGUCGCUCGUUUUUUCAUGGCCACUGUAUCGGAAACUGUUUCUAAUCAAGAUCUGUUGUACGAAAGAUUUAUAACAAAACACCCAUAUGCCUUAUCUAAUAUAGUUGUUGGAGUAUCUUGCAUGAUUGGAUUCACCAUCGGGUUUUUGUUUUUAGAAGAACCACAUGAAAGAUUUAAGAAAAGAAGAGAUAUCGGAUUGGAGCUUGGUGAUUACAUACUUUCAAAGUUAGGGUACGAAAGACCACCAAGACCAUGGCAAAUUAGAAAAGCACAAAAAGGCGCAAAUAAGUCCUUAAAUGAUGUUGCUACACAAGAUCCAACAGAGGAUUCCAGAUUGAUUCAAGAUCAUUUAGCAGUUCCAACAGAACAAGUUUAUUCCGCAUUAGAUGAGGAAGACGCAGAUGAUGGUGCUUCAAUCGAUUCAUUUGGCCCCGUUUCUAGAACUUUUUCAAAUGCCCUCGUGCGAAGAUUAUCUUCAGCUCAGUUGGGCCCCAUGAUUUCACAUUCAGCUACACAUAACUCCAUUCUUACUACAAAUAUUGAACAAUCUUUCUCACGGGAGAUAUUCACUCCACCAGUUCUUCAAACAAUCAUGGCUAACUUCCUCACUGCUUUGCAUAAUGUUAUUUAUUCAGAAUUUCUUCCAGUUUUAUUAGCUGGUCAAUUUAUGCCUGAAAAGUUGAAAUUCCCAUUCACAAUAGUUGGAGGUUUUGGGUAUGAUAGUAGCACUAUUGGUAAUUUACUUUCAAUUACAGGAUUGGUGGGUGCACUUGGUGUGAUGUUUGUGUUUCCAAUUCUCGACAGAAACUUUAAAACCAUAACCACUUUAAGGUUGUCAACAUUAUUGUUCCCGAUCACCUAUACCAUUUUACCUUAUUUAAUUUUUACAAGAAGUGGCUAUAAUUCCAAUUUGCCACCAUGGUUAACCCUGGUUCUUCUCUACGGUUUAUGUUGUUACAAUACCUGUGCGGCAUCAGUCAGUUUCCCUACUAUUAUGAUAUUGAUGCAUCGUGCAUCACCUCCUAAACACAGAGCAUUUAUUAAUGGAAGUGCUUUGAGUAUGAAUUCAUUGGCUAGAUGUAUUGGACCAAUUUCUUGGGGUUAUAUUAUGACUGCCGCAGAGAAAUAUAGUGUGGGUGAAGUAUCUUGGUUUUUGUUGGCAUUAUUAGCUUUGGUAUGUACUACCCAAGCAUUGCAUAUGAGAGAUUAUGACGAAGAAGAAGAAAAAGAUGCAGGUGAGGUUUAAGAAAUGUACAAGUUUUGGUUAUAGUUUAGUAUCGGAACUAAAAAUGGGUUAUAGAUUAUAUAUUUUAUUAUCAAAUGGGAAUUUGCAUGUAACUAUUAACCGUAAGACUAAAACCAAACCGUCGUUCGAAAACUUUAGUUAUAUAUGUAACUUCAUGCAAUGCUUUUUUGUUUUUUGCAGCAUCCAACCCAGAGCUACCAUAUACAAAAGUGGAGGGAUUACGGAGCAAAAAUAAUAUGAGCUAAUUUUUGUUAAUCUUGUAAUUAUUUGGCCACACAGAGGGUUGGCAAGAAGUAAUAUGAUACUUCCGGGGAUAAAUUCAGUUAUCCUUUAAGUAUUUUUUAUUAUUCAUUACUAAUCAAUAUAUUCCGUCUCAUAUGCAGAUAUUGUGAGUAAGCAAACCCUAACUAGAAAUAAACAAUCAAAGGUUAUUGUAUACCAAUCAGACAAAGCUGAAAGUAUUCUGACUCAUUACUUAAAGUAGUUAUUCUAUUGUUAAGCCUUGUAGUUUUUUAAUGUGAAUUGAUGUUUUCACCAGAACGCAAACGU